CGUCGACUACAGCAGCUGAGCCGCAACAUUUCCAGGAUGUAGCAUCUGAUUCGCACCCGACAUGAUAAGCCGUUCUCGCCGCACGAGAUUGAAAAUGAUUGCGUCGAUAGCGUACAUGCUGCUCCGUGGAGUGGAGAUUAACGUGCUGGAUUGGAGACAUAGCUUACCUCUAUACAGCACAGUGCAGGGUUGUCAUGCGGCCCGCUUCGCUUCCCACCAUCUGCAUUUGCCGUAUGAGAAGCCGAGAAACUUGCCUUGGAGCAGUGCCGACUUCUCAGACUGAACAAGCGCCCCGCCUCACCCACAUCUCUCCAUCUCCAAGCCCCGGACUCCAACAGACCAAGACUGUGCUACGGGGUGCUAAGCGCAACGUCCACGUUGUCAAGAAUGGCAAAAGCGUCCUUUCAUCCUGAAGUCUGGACAUGAUGAUCGCCCCGGUCGCUUGCUGAAGUUGCGGCGCGGUAGCUUGCGUCGACGCGAGAAGCCAUGCCGCAAGGACCUGGCCC